AUGCACACGGCGCCACGAAGACGCAAGGGGCCGGAACGGAAAAACGAAGAACCAGGGUAUCGGGACGAUAGCCCUAGGGGGGGAGGUAAUGUUACAAGUAACAAGAAGGAUUCUCUCCUUGACAAGGGACGAAGAUGGCGGAAGGCCUAUGGACGUCCACGUCAGAAGGUAAUAAUCAACGCGGGGCGCUGA